AUGAACAGGAAGCCGGGCGGUACCAUGGGCGGACCUUUUGUUUCGCCGCAGCUGAACAGCAACCUUAUCCAACUGACUGGAUCAGCGUCGAACAAGAUUCCUGGCUCACUGUGCGACUUUACUACCAACAGUUCGACUGCCAACGAUUUGGAUGUUUUGGCGCAGGCAUACAACGGCGUUCAUCAGUAUUCAUCUGCAUUUUCUCGGUCUUAUGGCCAGACCGUAAACUUCGGCGUUAAACAGCAGGAAGGACCAGACGGCGCGAAUCUUUUCAUAUACCAUCUGCCGCAGGAGUAUAGCGAUACCGAUUUGAUUCAAACGUUUUCUCCCUUCGGGAACAUCUUGUCUGCUAAGGUGUUCGUCGACAAAGAGACGAGGCUCAGCAAGUGUUUCGGAUUCGUUUCCUUCGACAACCCGUUAUCGGCACAAGCAGCGAUUAGGGCGAUGAACGGCUUCCAGAUCGGCACCAAAAGACUGAAAGUACAGUUGAAGAGGUCGAAGUACGAGGCAAAACCCUACCAGCAUCCGCAACAGUAUGCCGCCGCCACUGUCAGUACUACGCUUAGCUGA